UAACAAGUUGCCCGCCUCCUCCAGCAGACUCUAGCGGCGCCUCCUCCUGCCGGUGCCAGAGCCGGGCCAUGGGGGACAGCAUGCCGGCGCGCGCCGCCUGAAGACGCCGUAACACCCGCCCCCGUGAUGGGCGCCCCGGCUUGCGCCCUCGCGUUCUGUGUGGCCGUGGCAGUUGUGACCAGCGCUGCCUCCGGGUCCCCAGGCAUGGAGCAACACGUCGUGCGGAGGGCGGCAGAGGUCCCAGGCCCUGAGCCCAGCCAACGGGAGCUGGUCUUUGGCAGUGGGGAUACUGUGGAGCUGAGCUGUCACCUGCCCGCAGUGGGGCCCACCGAGCCCACCAUCUGGGUGAAGGAUGGGGCAGGGUUGGUGCCUUCGGACCGCAUCCUGGUGGGGCCUCAGCGGCUGCAGGUGCUAAACGCCUCCCACGAGGACGCUGGGGCCUACAGCUGCCGGCGGCCACUCAGCCAGCACGUGCUGUGCCGCUUCAGCGUGCGCGUGACAGAUGCUCCAUCCUCGGGAGAUGAUGAAGAUGGGGAGGACGAGGCUGAAGACACAGCAGGGGCCCCUUACUGGACACGGCCUGAGCGGAUGGACAAGAAGCUGCUGGCCGUGCCGGCUGCCAACACUGUUCGCUUCCGCUGCCCAGCCGCCGGCAACCCCACUCCGUCCAUCUCCUGGCUGAAGAACGGCAAGGAGUUCCGAGGCGAGCACCGCAUUGGGGGCAUCAAGCUGCGGCACCAGCAGUGGAGCCUGGUCAUGGAGAGCGUGGUGCCCUCGGACCGCGGCAACUACACAUGCGUGGUGGAGAACAAGUUUGGCAGCAUCCGGCAGACGUACACCCUGGACGUGCUGGAGCGCUCUCCGCACCGGCCCAUCCUGCAGGCGGGGCUGCCCGCCAACCAGACAGCGGUGCUGGGCAGUGACGUCGAGUUCCACUGCAAGGUGUACAGCGAUGCGCAGCCCCACAUCCAGUGGCUGAAGCACGUGGAGGUGAACGGCAGCAAAGUGGGGCCGGAUGGCACGCCCUACGUCACCGUGCUUAAGUCGUGGAUCAGUGAGAGUGCGGAGGCUGACGCACGCCUCCGCCUGGCCAAUGUGUCCGCGCGCGAUGGGGGCGAGUACCUCUGUCGAGCCUCCAAUUUCGUAGGCGUGGCUGAGAAGGCCUUUUGGCUGCGUGUUCACGGGCCCCAAGCAGCGGAGGAGGAGCUGGUGGAGGCUGGCGAGGCUGGCAGUGUGUAUGCAGGCAUCCUCAGCUACGGGGUGGGCUUCCUCCUCUUCAUCCUGGUAGUGGCCACCGUGACGCUCUGCCGCCUGCGCAGCCCCCCCAAGAAGGGCCUGGGCUCGCCCGCUGUGCACAAGGUCUCUCGCUUCCCGCUCAAGCGACAGCAGGUGUCCCUGGAGUCCAGCUCUUCCAUGAGCUCCAACACGCCGCUGGUGCGGAUCGCCCGGCUGUCCUCCGGGGAGGGCCCCGCGCUGGCCAACGUCUCUGAGCUCGAGCUGCCUGCCGACCCCAAGUGGGAGCUGUCCCGGGCCCGGCUGACCCUGGGCAAGCCCCUCGGGGAAGGCUGCUUCGGCCAGGUAGUCAUGGCGGAGGCCAUUGGCAUUGACAAAGACCGAGCUGCGAAGCCCGUCACCGUGGCGGUGAAGAUGCUGAAAGAUGACGCCACAGACAAGGACCUGUCGGAUCUGGUGUCCGAGAUGGAGAUGAUGAAGAUGAUUGGCAGACACAAGAACAUCAUCAACCUGCUGGGCGCCUGCACCCAGGGCGGGCCCCUGUACGUGCUGGUGGAGUACGCGGCCAAGGGCAACCUGAGGGAGUACCUGCGGGCGCGGCGGCCCCCGGGCACGGACUACCCCUUCGACACCUGCCGGCUGCCCGAGGAGCAGCUCACCUUCAAGGACCUGGUGUCUUGCGCCUACCAGGUGGCACGGGGCAUGGAGUACCUAGCCUCGCAGAAGUGUAUCCACAGGGACCUGGCGGCCCGCAAUGUGCUGGUGACCGAGGACAACGUGAUGAAGAUCGCGGACUUUGGCCUGGCCCGCGACGUGCACAACCUCGACUACUACAAAAAAACCACCAAUGGCCGGCUCCCUGUGAAGUGGAUGGCGCCCGAGGCCUUGUUUGACCGAGUCUACACCCACCAGAGUGACGUCUGGUCCUUUGGGGUCCUGCUCUGGGAGAUCUUCACACUGGGGGGCUCGCCAUACCCUGGCAUCCCCGUGGAGGAGCUCUUCAAGCUGCUGAAAGAAGGCCACCGCAUGGACAAGCCAGCCAACUGCACACAUGACCUGUACAUGAUCAUGAGAGAGUGCUGGCACGCCGCGCCCUCACAGAGGCCCACCUUCAAGCAGCUGGUGGAGGACCUGGACCGCGUCCUCACAGUGACGUCCACUGACGAGUACCUGGACCUGUCAGUGCCCUUUGAGCAGUACUCGCCGGGUGGCCAGGACACGCCCAGCUCCAGCUCCUCGGGGGAUGACUCCGUGUUUGCCCACGACCUGCUGCCCCCGGCCCCACCCGGCAGCGGGGCCUCGCGGACGUGAAGGGCUGUCGGCCUGCGGGCCGAGCCUCCAUCAAUGUGAGAAUGGACCCCAGCCCACCGUGCUGCUGCUCGUGUGCCGAGACCGCUGGGUCCCACCGGCCCAGGCCUGAGACCUGGUCUAGGUGGACAGAUGGACAGACAGCUUCGUGUGUGUGCGCGUGUGUGUGCAGGGGUCCCCAGGGUUCCUGCUCUGCUGUACAGUGACCUGGCCACCUGUGCUGGCAGCACCAAGGGACCGAAUUCGGAAUGUAAGGGGCCCCGCCUGUGGAGCCCUUCAGGGUGGGGAGCUGGGCCCCUCCCCAGGCUCCUGGCCCGCCCCUCCCCCACUG